GGUCUUACUCUGCCCAGGCUGCUACUGGUCUCUAGGUGACGCUGUGUUGUAGCUGAUUGGCUGACGCGGUCGUGCGGUACGUCCUUUACGUUUUCUGCUGACACGUGACAGUACCCGGAUUUUGGUGACGUCGCAGAACAACAAAGAUGGCAGGAAUAGGAAGCAGCACGUACUGGGAAGAUCUGCGAAAGCAGGCCAGACAGUUGGAGAACGAACUUGACCUGAAGUUGGUCUCUUUCAGUAAAUUAUGCACCAGCUACAGCAGCUCCAGAGAUGGACGUCGAGGAGACACGUCAGACACCACACCUCUGCUAAACAACUCUACCCAGGACAGGAUGUUUGACACCAUGUCAGUGGAGAUUGAACAGUUGCUAGCCAAACUGACUGCAGUGAAUGACAAGAUGGCGGAGUACACCAACUCUCCGGGCGCAGCUGCUCUCAACGCUGCUCUCAUGCACACGCUCCAGAGGCACAGGGACAUCCUACAGGACUACACACAUGAAUUCCACAAAACCAAAGGCAACUUUUUGGCCAUCCGGGAAAGGGAAGACCUUCUAGGGUCUGUCAGGAAAGACAUUGAGACAUACAAGAGCGGUUCUGGGGUCAACAACAGAAGAACAGAGCUGUUCCUAAAGGAGCAUGAGCAUCUGAGAAACUCAGAUCGACUGAUGGAUGACACAAUAAGCAUUGCUAUGGCGACCAAGGAGAACGUAACCUUCCAAAGGGGCAUGCUGAAAUCCAUACAGAGCAAGGUCAAUACUCUGGCCAACCGUUUCCCAGCUAUCAACAACCUCAUUCAGCGAAUCAAUCUGCGAAAGAGAAGGGACUCUCUGAUCCUUGGCGCGGUGAUUGGCGUUUGCACCAUUCUCCUCCUGCUCUAUGCCUUCCACUGAAACUCAGUCUUUAAAGAGGCAGGAUUCAUCUGCUCUUUGUAGCAUGGAAACUCUCUGGGGGCUGAGCUGAGUGAUUGGAGGACCCUGGAGGUUCCCGAGCAGAAGGACAUUAAGUUGGUCCAGUUUUGGGACAGGAGCAAAUUUUGGCCAACAUUUUCUACUGAACCUGUAUUUAGCAGCGGGGACAGAUGGCGGGUUGGUGGUUGGGUGUUUUCUGCCAACAAGAGAACGAAGACCAAAACUACAAAUAAGACUAGAUAAAAAAUAUAUAUUGAUAAAUCACCUUGAGAGCAAUUCUGUGCCACUGAAAGUGUAAAGAGACUGAGAUUGUGUGAUGGAUUUAUUAUUAUUUUUUUCACAGGUGAAGGAUUUUAAGCUGAAUGGUUGUUUUUAAUUGGUGGAGUGGGAUGGAUAGUUAAUUGUGGGCUGUACAAUGUGAAUUAAUAAAUUAUUCAUAUCAGUAUGUA